CUCGACGAAUCACAGCCAAGGAUGGCCGAACCCAGCAUUCUUUUUCUUUGGUCAUUUCCGAAUUUGCCUGGACCAGCACACAUGGCCCCGAACACAACCCUCCGCGCCGACUCGAGCAACAUCUCGAUCGCGAUGCACGUCGACAUCCCGGACGCGCUCGACAACCAGCCGGAGCUCCUCCGCCGCGAGAUCUCCAAGGCGCUCGGCUGCGUCGUCUCGGGCUGGGAGAACGUGUCGCCGGCCGACGUGACGAUCCAACACCUCAGCGGCGCCAUGACCAACGUCAUCUUUGCGUGCGAGAAGAAGACCCAACACAACCGCAAGGUCCUCCUGCGCAUCUACGGCACGGGCACCGACGCGUUCUUUGAGCGCAGCGAAGAGAUGCACGUCUUCCAGCAGCUCUCGCAGUUUGACCUGGGCGUUGGCCUCCUCGGCGAGUUUGACAAUGGCCGCGUCGAGACCAUGAUCGACGGCGCCACGUGCACGGCCGCCGACAUCCGCGACCCGCUCAUCUCGACCAAGAUUGCGCGCAAGCUCCGCGCCUUCCACGACGUCAACGUCGACAUUGACUGCCGCCCACGCAUCCUCAAGAACAUCCACAAACUCUUCCGCGACGCCAAGUCCAAGGUCGCUGCCUCCGCUACAAUCGCAGUCGACUUUGACGCGUUCGCCCACGACAUUGCGACGCUCGAGACGAUGCUGGCGGCCGUGCCGUCGCCGAUCGUGUUUUGCCACAACGACCUGCAGUACGGCAACAUCAUGCUCUCGAGCAAGACGGACGACGUGGUCUUUAUCGAUUUCGAGUACAGCCACUACAACCCGCGCGGGUACGACCUCGGCAACCACUUUAGCGAGUGGUGCUACAACUACCACGGCGAGACGCCGCACCUCGGCGACUUUGCGACGUACCCGAGCGUGGACGAGCAGCGGGCGUUCUGCCGCGCGUACUUGGAAGCGGACGGCGCGCCGACCGAGGCGGACGUGGAGUCACUGCGGAAUGAAGCCAACACGUAUGCGCUGGCGACGCACCUGUUUUGGUCGUUGUGGGGCUUUAUCCAGGCGACGCAGUCGACGAUCGACUUUGACUUUGAAGCGUACGCCAAGUGUCGCUGGGCGGCGUUCCACAGCCAGCGCCAGGCCACCGUCUAAGUCUCGGCAUAUGUGUGUAUGUGGUAUUGUCGACUAAUAUAAGCUAUUUGAACUUUUCUACAA